CUUCGGUACAUGAUGCCAAAUCAUCACUACAGUGUCUUUUUUCCUUGUACAACCCAACCAAAAAUGGGUAUGGCCAAACUUCAAUAAUACACCAAGUGUUUACUCAUCUCAAAUUUUACUACCUUUUCUUAAGACUAAUCUACUCUAUAUAAGUAUGUUCACUAACCCUUAAUGUUAAGAUUCAAGAAUAUUAAACAUGUAUAGAACAAGACUCAAGGAAACUUGAGCUAAAAAGUCAUUUCUAGUCCCUACUGACAUAAGAAAGAAGUGUCAGUGAAAAAAUCUUCUAGAUUCUAAAGGAAAAUGUCUUUGUCUGAUCCCAACGAAAAAGAUUAUUAUAUACCUACCUAAGCAGGCUCCUUUGUCAGUGCCCAUUAUUCUCCAUCCCUCUUAGCCCUUGUCUUCUUCAUUGUCCCCUUUUUCUCACUUUAAGAUCUUUCUUGUUCUUAGCCCAUGACAAGUCACCAAAAUAUCAAAAUUUCAGAAAGUAUAUAACCAUUACUCUACUGUUUCCUGAUAAACCUCCUUUUGUGCCAGUUUCUUCUUCUACUUUGAUUUCUUCUCAUAUCUCUGUUUUCAUGUUUUGCGCAGAAAUUAUGAUUUCAAAGUACCAAGAAGAUGUCAAGCAGCCACGAGCUUGCGAACUUUGUCUGAACAAACACGCAGUUUGGUACUGUGCCUCCGAUGAUGCUUUCUUGUGCCAUGUUUGUGAUGAAUCAGUGCAUUCUGCAAACCAUGUAGCGACAAAACACGAGAGAGUUUGUCUUAGAACAAACGAGAUAUCGAAUGAUGUGCGUGGGGGAACAACAUUAACCUCGGUUUGGCACAGCGGGUUUCGAAGAAAAGCAAGAACUCCUAGAUCUCGGUAUGAGAAAAAGCCACAACAAAAGAUAGAUGAUGAGAGAAGAAGGGAAGAUCCUCGUGUUCCCGAGAUUGGAGGCGAAGUGAUGUUUUUCAUACCAGAAGCAAAUGAUGAUGAUAUGACUUCUCUUGUGCCAGAGUUUGAGGGAUUCACAGAGAUGGGAUUCUUCUUGAGCAACCACAAUGGUACUGAAGAAACAACGAAACAAUUCAACUUUGAAGAAGAAGCUGACACAAUGGAGGAUCUAUAUUACAAUGGAGAAGAAGAAGAUAAAACUGAUGGAGCUGAAGCAUGUCCUGGACAAUAUUUGAUGAGCUGCAAGAAAGAUUACGACAAUGUCAUAACGGUUUCAGAAAAGACAGAAGAAAUUGAAGAUUGUUAUGAGAAUAAUGCAAGGCAUAGACUGAAUUACGAAAAUGUUAUAGCAGCUUGGGAUAAACAAGAAUCUCCUAGAGAUGUAAAAAACAACACAAGUAGCUUCCAGCUAGUUCCUCCAGGGAUAGAGGAGAAGAGAGUAAGAAGUGAGAGAGAAGCUAGAGUUUGGAGAUACAGAGAUAAAAGGAAGAAUCGUUUGUUCGAGAAGAAGAUAAGGUACGAGGUUAGAAAGGUUAACGCCGACAAAAGGCCGAGAAUGAAAGGUCGAUUUGUCCGACGAUCUUUAGCCAUCGACUCUUAGGGAACAGAUUCUCUCAGUUUCUUCUCCUUUGUGCCAAAUAAAAAAAAGGCUACUCCAAAGAAACCAGAAGCUAAUCAAAAGAACAAAAAAGCUCAUGUGGAACAUAUUUCGUAGCUUUUGAAUUUAUCCCUACAAUGACAUGGUUACAACUUUAUUCUUAAAUCAAUUUGAGAAUUUAAAUUUCAUACUAGUAAAAGCUUCUCUUAUGAGGUAAAUCUCUUUAUAUAAGCAGUUAGUUACAAAAACCAAAACGAAUUACAAACAACUUGUAACUCAAAGAUUUGUAGUUUUGUACUAAUACCGUUGGCCGUGUCAAGAAAGUAUUCAUAAAAACUUAUCGAUCCAAUCAGUAGUACCAUUAAACCAAC